UUUAUACUUCACAUUAGACUGAUAGACCCCAACCUUGAACACCAUCUUGGAACCACUGCGUUCGUCCAGUGCCGACUGUUUUUAAAGUGAUAUUUUCGUGCUGCGUGCGCGCAAACCUUCAAAAUUUCCGACAUGAGCUAUGGCCGUGGACCCCCCGACAUAAAGGGGAUGACUAGUCUUAAGGUAGACAAUUUAACUUACAGAACGACGCCGGAGGAUUUGCGGCGUUCGUUCGAAAAGUAUGGAGAGAUCGGCGACGUCUACAUACCACGCGACAGAUUUUCACGGGAAAGUCGUGGCUUCGCCUUUGUCAGAUAUUAUGAUCGUCGUGAUGCUGAAGAUGCUAUGGAGGCCAUGGAUGGUCGCCGAUUAGAUGGCAGAGAACUUCGUGUUCAGAUGGCAAGAUACGGACGACCAGAAACUCCACCUCAUCGUCGCCGACGCCGACGGUCACGUUCAAGGUCGAGGUCAAGGUCAAGAUCUCGUAGGAGGAGUCGUCGCUCUCGAUCCCGAUCCCGAUCGCGCUCACGUUCUCGAAGGCGUCAUUCAAGAUCAAGGUCUGGUAGCCGUUCAAGGUCUCGAUCACGAUCUAGGUCACGCUCUGGAAGCAAGAGCCGUUCUCGCACUCCUGAGGACCGUGGGUCAAACUCUCCCGAGAAGCAAGACCAGGAGAAUGGUGUAGAUGAUGACAAUGCCAUGGAAGAGGAGCAGUUGGAUCGCUCAAGAUCUCGCUCACGAUCGCGCUCUCGUUCUCGGUCGAAGUCAAGAUCAAAAUCACGCAGCAAAUCACGUUCUAGGUCUCGUUCAAGGUCAAUGGAGUGAAAUGGAAGUGUUAUGAGGCUGCGAAAAGAUAGUGCUAUUACUUGUGGCAUAACACCCUGUCCAGAUAUUUGCAGUCUUGGCAUACUGGGCAGGUACUAACUUUGUCUGACUUUGUUGUAGUAGUCAGGACACAGCUGGUGUUAGCACUGUCUAAUGUUUUUCCCCUUCAUUUUUAGUUUUUAUUUUCUGUUUAGUUUGACAUCUUCCUUAGAUGAAAAUAGACAAGGGGUUUUAUGUUUUCAGUCAUUACAUUUCAGUCAUUUGGAAAAAUUGAUGAUAGAUUUAUGUUCAUCAUUUCCAGGAUGUUGAGAAGCAAAACUGGGUUUGUAUGUAUGUUGCUCACUUUGUGUACUUUCAUUUUUUAAAAAAAUUACUGUUAGGAGCCAAGUUCAAUCUAUGAAGUUUGUUUUAUUUUAAGGCUUAUAUAUACUUAUUCAUAUACUUCAGAAUGUACUGGUACCCUAAAAUGUACCAUAUAUUCUGAUUUUUGUGACAUAGAUUAAGCAUGUUUAAUUUUUGCAGUGUUUAAAGUUGGUUGUAAAAGAAAUAGAAUGCAGCACAUGUUAUUACCCAUUAAAGAAAGCUUUCAGAAUUUUUGUUAUGAUUACAUUAUCCAUGUGCAAAGUAACUUUGUAUGCCUAGGAAAUAAAAUAUUGACAUGGUCACACAGAGACAAGCCUUUCAUAUUCCACAUGCCUGAAGGUUGAUGGUAUGGGAGUAUUUGUGUUUACUACCCUUUUGGUAGCCAUGUGCUGAUGUAUAUUUCUACGCGCACAGGGCGUGGCAGUUGUUGCUGUUGUGUUGCUGUGGAGUAUGGCGGGUUGCUGUAGUGCAGUGUUAUGGCGGGAGCCGAGGCAGAGCCAGUCAGGCAUGCAGCCGUCGGGGGGGCCGCAGGGCGCAGUUCUUGCUCGCAGGGCACCAGAUCACUCCUCCCUACCCUUAACCAUUUCUACACCUGACAUUUUGUAUUCAGUUACUUCAGUCUAUCCUUCUACCCUACUUUUCUUUUCCAUUAUUGGUUCUUCUUGUUUUCAAAGCUUUGUAUUCCAACAUGAUUCUACAAACUUACUCUUCUAUAACUAUUACCCUUGCUACCACAUUUUCUUUCUGUCUUUUUAUUUUGCUUAUUAAUGCACCAGUACGAAGUGCAUAAGUAUAAAAAACAAAACCUUUUAGUUGUCAAUAUUAGGGAAUAUCCUCUGUGCUCAUGUUAGAAUAAUCUUAAUGGACCAAGAUUGGAUAAGGUUUAACAUAACAAAGCUUAAAUUUUCUAUUCUAACUGCUGACUGUGGUGCCCUGUGAUGCUGAGGAGGCGACUGGCAGCUGUGUGCGGUCACCUGACUGGUGAUACGCUACAGCUGUGGUAAUCAGAGUAGAUGCUGGGGACGGGGUUGAUGAAGAGGGAAAAUGCAAUGGGAACACAGCUAAUGGCUCCAUGCAGGCUCUGAAGUGAAAAUUAAUGCGAAGUUUAAUUAUCCCAUUACUAAAUUUGUGGGAUAUCUUCAUGAAAAUACAUAAUUCACCUGAAAUUUUUCCAGAAUAGUAACCUUUGUUCUCCAAGUCUGAUAUUUAUAUUUUUCCCUCCCACGAUGUAUUGUACAUGUACUGAAAUAUAAAUCGAUUGGAUAUCAGCUUUUAAAAUUUGGUUAUCAGUGUUCACGUUUCCAACUUUUUUUUAUGACUCAAAUGCCUGCCCCCUGUGUUGAUAUUUUUCUUGUAUGUAAGCAUUAGUAGGAAGGUGGGUUAGACCUUGUUAAUCUUUCUAUUUCCUUUCAGGUACCUUAUUUCGACUACCAUGGUUUCUUUUGUUUUGGGUGACCAUUAAAAAUUGUGAUUAAAAAUGGUAACUUGGAUGGUUCUCUAUGUAGAGACCUUGAAUGAUGUAUAUUUUUGUAAGGAUGAAUUGAAUAAGUAAAUGUAAUUUUGGAGACAUGGUUUAAUAUAUUUUAUAAUUAAAAUUAGUGCAGUAUUGGUCUUUACCACAAAGACAAAGUAAUGAACAGUCACGGUGUUUUGAUGUAAUAGCGUGAAGUGGAAGUUCCUUGGUAUACUAAGUCUAUAUUGCUUGCAGCCAGUCAACUUCAUAGUGUUGAGUUUGUAAGUGUAUGCUAUUAAAAUUUUAAAGGUACUCGUCAUACACCAUGUAAUAUUGAAAAUUUUUCCAGUUAUGGAAGAUUUUGUUACCACUCUUGCAUAACCAGAUUUUAAAUAAGAUUUGUUCCUCAGUACUGUCAGUGAAUGAUCUCUGUAGCUGCAGCAUAAGCCAUUUUUUAAGGUAAGUACUGUAACUUCAAUAAAAAUCAGGCUUGGAAUAAA